ACAAAGUAUUAGUUUAUUAAAUUCCUAUAUAUCAUAUAGGAAGAAGAAUAGUAUAAUAGCAAUUGUAUAGACAAUAAUCAACCAUGGCCACCCCUUCAUACCAAAGCAUUCUCUACAUUCUCUUCACCUCUUUGUUACUUUCAAGUUCAUUCUUGGGCAACAAGGCCCAUGCAUUCCCCGACGGAGACGCUCUCGCCAUCCCAGAAUCUUCUCCCCUCACGUACGCAUCCCCAAAAACCAUCGCCGAGCCCCCUUCAGAAGAUGGUUCUCGCGAUGAUGCCCAGGGUGAGGGAGAUGGUUGGGACGGCGCCCCAACCCCUUUAGAAGGUGGCUCCAACGAUGAUGUCCUGGACGAGGGAGAGGGUUCUUGGGAUGUCGCCCCAACCCCUUCAGGCACAGACUCUUUCGUCAGUGUCCCCGUCGUGAAAGACACCCCGGCCGUGAACAUGUUCGUCCAGUCGGCGAUGGUGGCCUCCAUGUCAAAGACGGAGGACUUCAUCCACGACGUGAUCGAGAAGCGCUUGAGAGACCCAGACACCGACGGGGUGAGGAAGGAGUGCCUGAAGAUGUGCAAGGACGUGUACGAGGACUCGAUGAAGGCGAUGAAGAAAACAGUGGAGGACACAAAGGAUGGGAAUCUCUACAAGGCGAACGUGGACGUGAGCGCCAUGGCCACUGACAUUGACACGUGUAAGGAUUGCAUGGGACAUGUUUACGACAAGAACGACCCCGAGUUUAAGAAGUUCUCCGCUUGGAUUGACGGCAUGGCAAACGAUUGCCUUGACAAGAUUACAGGACUAAGAGAUUAAUAAUAUCCAUGGGGAUAUGUAUUUCCAAUUAGAAAGCAGAAUAUAGUGUAUGUACGUAG